AUGACGUCUAAUGCUAGGAAGAGGUGCACUGCUUUCCCUAGCAGUAUCGACAUUCACGGUGACAGCAACCCAGGGACCAACAGUACCGUAAUUCCCAACGAGCAACCAACACUUACUGAGAAGAGGUGUACCACCUUUCUUUCUAGCAGAGAUCUCGAACAAGACUGCCUUCUAGAGGGUAACAACACGCCUGAGCUACAGCACAAACCCUCUUCUAGCCUCAUUACUGAACUCCCGCUGGAGCCAAAGGAGCAUACCAGCGCUACCAAAUUCCAGAGGCGCCCAGGAUGGAAGCCUCCUCACUUACCCAUCUCGGCGAAGCGCACUUCCGCCGAAAGGAUUGACGGUACAAAGCGAUUUGCCUCCCACUUCCCCGAGAGUGGCUCUCUGUGGGCAAAAUAUAAGCAGUUUACAAAAGCUCGAGGCCCGGGGAAGGUGGUACUUGCCUACGAGAUCAAAUCACCUAAAGUAAUCGUCGCGAUAAAAGAGUGUAAGGCGGCAGACACGGAACGAGCACAGCUUCUCUUCAGAACGUCGCAUCCAAACAUCGUCAACCUCCAGGACGCCUUCAUCGAUGAGCGUGAUGUAUAUCUGGCGUAUGAGCGUAUGGAUCUCCCUCUGGAGCAACUGCACUCUGAUAUAAAGUUAGAGGAGCGCCACAUAGCUACUAUCUGCAGAGAGGUCCUCCUCGGGCUUUCCUACAUCCACCAGCAACUGCAAAUAUGCCACCUUUCCGUGAAAUGUUCUACUAUCUUCCUUUCCACACAAGGACAUAUCAAAAUCGGUGGCAUAGGGUCCGCCAUGCUCCUGCAACACCCAAAACAAGAGGGCCGGGAUAUAAAAUCCGUUGGCUGGAUGAUGACGGAGAUAAUGGAACCAGGAACUGCAUACCCUAAUCCAGAAUCUAUAUUGCUUGAAAGCCCGGGAAAGUGGAGCCACGAUAUUCUCGACUUCCAAAAGAAUACCGAGCACAGUGUAUCCCAGAGCUCCUCUCCGUACCACGUCUUCCUCGCCAUUGCCGCAUCCUCCAAUGCUGGCUCCCUUGUACCCUUGGUGUUGAUCGCGAUGAAGAAUUGGGAGGCCUGA